AGUUCCCUUCUUCCUCAUUUAAUCGUGCCAUUAGGGCUUUAACUUAGACAAACCCAUUGGCCCAUUUCUCUUCACUCCUUUGCCAAUUAAAAUUGGUCCAACAACACCAACCACUCGUCAAGCUCCUUAGCCUUCAACAGCUUCCCCUUAGCGAGUUCACCAGGUUUAUUAUCUGUUCGGAAACCACAUUCUUCUUCUUCUUCUUACCAAGAAGAGGUUAACAGCUCGGGACCAGGUUUCACCACCCCUAGCUACGACAUGUACUCCAAUAGACAUAACGAUUGGGAUCUGCAGACUAUCGGAAUCUCCCUUGACGCAGAAUCAAUAGCGUUCUCGAGUUCAGAAGCUUACUCUACUACUACUUCUUCCAUGUCAAGAACCAAUGACCAUGGCCGUAACCAGCCACUGGUGUCACGUCAUCAGGAAGGAAUUGCACCUGUUGAUACCGAGUUCGACUUUGACGCAUAUACGAUCGAUGAUAUCCCGGUUUGAUUGGAACAAACCGAAGGGACUAUAGGAGAUUGAUUUGUAAUGUUAUCAUUAUACUACCAUUUGCUAAUAACAGUAUAACCAUUUUGGUGAAAUUUUUUUCAAUGUUACAUAAUCUGCGUGAGAUUUUAAAUGCAGAUUAUAACAGAAAUUGUUUGUAUUAAACUUUUUGUAAUGUUAGGAGUUAAUAUGUUACUCUCCUAAGAGAAUUAUAAGUA